GAAUUUAUCUCCUUUAAGGUGAAAAUCUUUGCUUUUGAUAAUUUGGUCUUGAUUAUACUUACCCGUCUUCUCAAUUUUGAUGUUAUUUGGUCGAGCAUUAUAAUGGCACUUUCUAGCAAACUUGGAAGCCUUUUGAGACAAAAUGGACAAACCCCAAUGAUGUCUUCGAUGCUGAACUCUCUUCGUUGCAUGUCGACUUCGAGCAAAAAGCUUUUCAUCGGAGGUCUUUCAUAUGGAACUGAUGACCAAACUCUCAAGGAAGCGUUUUCUGGAUUCGGCGAGGUUUCUGAAGCUCGAGUUAUCGUUGAUAGAGAGACUGGGAGGUCCAGGGGCUUUGGUUUUGUUAACUAUGCUAAUGAUGAAGGUGCCAACAAUGCCUUGUCAGCCAUGGACGGACAAGAACUCCAUGGGAGAAAUAUUCGGGUUAGCUACGCCACUGAAAGGCCUAGUGGCCCUCGUUCUUUUGGUGGCAACAGCGGUGGAUAUCGUGGUGGAAGAGGCGGCUUUGGAGGGGAUUCGGAAUUCUAGGCCCUCGUAUCGGAACUUGUCCAAGGACUCGCUUCUUUAGCAAGUAGUUAUUAAGAUUCAAGGAUGUGUGUAUUUAUUUUCAAGGAUUGCUGAACUUAUGCUUGUCAUAACCAUUUUUUGUAAAACAAUUAAAUAUUAUUUUUAAAAACAAUUAUGACUUUAAUUUGGAAAAA